CUUGUGAAGAAUUUUUUUUUUUUUAUUAUUUGUUGUAAAGUCUUUUGCACAAUCACGCCCACAUUUGGGGUUGGAAAGCCCUAAUUACCGCCGUAGCUGAUGGACGUUGGAGAGGGAGCGCCUCGCCGCGAAACAGUCGCCUGCGCGCCCUCGCCGGACCCGCGGCUCCCCGGUUGCGCCCCGGCCGGGCCCUGUCGCUACUGCCGGCCGGCGGGCUUCUGCGCCCCCUCGGUUCCCCGGAGCAUCCUAGCGAAACUCGGGAGCGAGCGCCCAGACUCGGGCGCCUGCGAACGCCUUUGCUCCAAUUCUCUGCGCCUCGCCGACGCGCCCAGGAGGAACCCUCAAGUCUGCGCCGGAUCGUCCCCCCAGGCUUAACCCGGCGGCUCCGCUCGGUUUCCUCCACUGCCCUCGCUCGGGUGGCGACUUCCUCCCCGCGCCCCCUCCCCUUCGCCAUGAAGAAGUCGAGUGGAAUAUUAAGCCCAGGAGUUGCUUUGGGGACGGCUGGAAGGGCAAUGUCUUCCAAGUUCUUCCUAAUGGCUUUGGCCAUAUUUUUCUCCUUCGCCCAGGUUGUAAUAGAAGCCAAUUCUUGGUGGUCGCUAGGUAUGAAUAACCCUGUUCAGAUGUCAGAAGUAUAUAUCAUAGGAGCGCAGCCUCUCUGCAGCCAACUGGCAGGACUUUCUCAAGGACAGAAGAAACUCUGCCACUUGUAUCAGGACCACAUGCAGUAUAUCGGUGAAGGUGCGAAGACAGGCAUCAAAGAGUGCCAGUACCAAUUCCGACAUCGGCGCUGGAACUGCAGCACAGUGGAUAACACCUCGGUGUUUGGAAGGGUGAUGCAGAUAGGCAGCCGCGAGACGGCCUUCACGUAUGCAGUGAGUGCCGCCGGGGUGGUGAAUGCCAUGAGCCGCGCGUGCCGGGAAGGCGAGCUGUCCACUUGCGGCUGCAGUCGCGCCGCACGCCCCAAGGACCUGCCGCGGGACUGGCUGUGGGGCGGUUGCGGCGACAACAUCGACUACGGCUACCGCUUCGCCAAGGAGUUCGUGGACGCCCGCGAGCGGGAGCGCAUCCACGCCAAGGGCUCCUACGAGAGCGCGCGCAUCCUCAUGAACCUGCACAACAACGAGGCAGGCCGCAGGACGGUGUACAACCUGGCUGAUGUGGCCUGCAAGUGUCACGGGGUGUCCGGCUCCUGUAGCCUCAAGACUUGCUGGCUGCAGCUGGCUGACUUCCGCAAGGUGGGAGAUGCUCUGAAGGAGAAAUAUGACAGUGCUGCAGCCAUGAGGCUCAACAGCCGGGGCAAGCUGGUACAGGUCAACAGCCGCUUCAACUCACCUACCACGCAGGACCUAGUCUACAUUGACCCCAGUCCUGACUACUGCGUGCGCAAUGAGAGCACGGGCUCGCUGGGCACACAGGGCCGCCUGUGCAACAAGACCUCAGAGGGCAUGGAUGGCUGCGAGCUCAUGUGUUGUGGCCGCGGCUAUGACCAGUUCAAGACGGUGCAGACAGAACGCUGCCACUGCAAGUUCCACUGGUGCUGCUACGUCAAGUGUAAGAAGUGUACGGAGAUUGUGGACCAGUUCGUGUGCAAAUAGUGGGCACCCGUGACCUGCCCGUCGCCCCAUCCCACUCCCAGGACCCACUUAUUUAUAGAAAGUACAGUGAUUCUGGUUUUUUUUUUAAAAAAUAUUGUUUUAUUUUUUCCCCAAGAAUUGCAACCGGAACUAUAUUUUUUUCUGUUCCCAUCUAAGGACUCUGUGGUUUAUUAUUAAUAUUAUAAUUAUUAUUUGGCAGUAAUGGGGCGGGGGGAGGGGGAGGUGGAAACCGUGGCAAAUAUUUAUUUUGUGGAUCUUUUAAAAGGUAAGGCAAGACUUCUUUUGAUGGUACAGAAUGAGGGGGCCAAAACACCCUAACUUAGUUGUGUGUACAUCUAGAAGGUAAAGGAAAUAUGCGUUCUUUUCUCAGCUGUGGGGUCCUAUUAUAUUGUGGCACCUAGGUGCAAGAGAGUGGUGCAAGUUUAAGCACAAUUCAGCUUCUGUGAUCAAAAUGAAUUGUGAACGCUCUGGUAAAAGCUGAAAGGUCUUGUGGAACAAAUGAA